AUGAUAUGUUACAUUUUUCUAAAUUCAGCUAUCAAAAUCAAGGUCGUAGAUCGUGAACCGUUGACAGAAGACGAACAGCAACGAAUAAUCAGGGAGUUCCAUGAGAAUCCUCUGGGUGGACAUCAAGGUAUUGCCAGAACUCACCAACGGAUAUCACAGCAAUAUCAUUGGAAAGGGAUGAGGCAAAUGAUCAAAAAUUACAUCCUGUCUUGUGCCACUUGUCAAUUUAAUAAAACCACAAAUCGAACAAUUAAGGAACCUUUGGUGAUCACGACCACCACAUCCAGACCAUUUGAGAAGAUUUUCAUGGACAUUGUGGGUUUUUUUUAUUAUAUUUGCCACGUCGUCAACGGUUUGAAUAGCUUCAACCAGAUCCAUAUUCUAUUUCUAAAGAAACUUAAUGGUAAACUCAUACUCAAUAAGUUUCCCAGUACAUAA